AUGACAGAAAGGGAUCGCUCACCGAAGAGGGUGAGGAUAGUCUCAGCUUUCAAUCCCCUACAGGAUGAUGAUGAUCGUCAAGAGGCGAGAGAUGACUGGACGUCGCCUCCUCAGCGACCUCCUCGCUCGACAUCCCGCGAUGGCGCACCAAAGGACGAGGUAGUCGCGGAGCCGCCCGCCGAAGCCAACGCCAGCAGGUUCCGCUUCAAGUCCAAGCACUCAAAAUCGCGCCGCCGCAGUUCUCGCCAGCGCGACGAGGACGAUCGUGACCGCGACCGCGACCGCGACCACGACCACCGUCGCCGCGAGCGCUCCCGAUCUCCCAGCUCGCGCCAUCACCGGCAUCGUCACCACCACAGCAGCCACCACCACCACCGGCACAAGAGGCGGCGCACGCGCUCCGCCAGCCCGCGGGAGGCCGAGCCCGUCGACCCCCACGAGCCGCCGCCGCUCGACCCGGAGACGGCGUUCCGCGAGUCGCUGUUCGACGCCAUGGCCGACGACGAGGGCGCGCUCUACUGGGAGGGCGUGUACGGGCAGCCGAUCCACGUCUACGAGCGGGACAAGGUCAACGAGCAGGGCGAGCUGGAGAGCAUGACGGACGAGGAGUACGCGGCGUACGUGCGCCAGAAGAUGUGGGAGAAGACUCACGCCGGCUUGAUCGAGGAGCGCGCUCGGCGGGCACGGGAGCGGGAGGCGAGGGAGAAGAAGGCGGAGGAGGACAGGAGGAUACAUGCCGAGAUGGAGAGGAGUCUGAAGAGGGGCCAGGAAAGGAGGCAACGACGGGUCUGGCAAGAGCGCUGGAGCGAUUAUCUGAAGGGCUGGACUGAUUGGGAUGGCACGGUGGCCAAGGUCCCAUGGCCGGUGCAGAGCAGCGACCGAAGAGACAUCGACGAGAAGGAGGUUAGAUCCUUCUUCGUCAGAGGUCUUGACCUUGAGGAGCUUGGAGAGACCCAAUUUGCAGCGAGACUCAAGGAUGAAAGAGUCAGGUGGCACCCUGACAAGAUCCAGCAGAAACUCGGAGGUCAAACGGACGAGGCUCUCAUAAGGGACGUCACGGCAAUUUUCCAGAUCAUUGAUAAGCUCUGGGCAGAUACCCGGCCAAAGACGACCUAA